AUGGAGAUCGCGCUGGUAACGCUGGAGAACGGCGGCGCCACGGCCAUCGGCGAAGAUGGCCCCGGCAGCGGCCUGAGCCGGGCUGAGCGGCUCCCUUGGCUGCCCGAGUGCGGCGCCAAGGAGGGCUGCCCGGAGCCGGGCGCAGCGCGCGGCUCGCCGCGAGGCCUCCUGCGCCCACCCGACGUGGCCAUGCUGGCGGCCGACGAGGAAGGGCCCCCGCCCGGGCAGGGCCAGGCCCGCGGCGGGGGCCCCCUCGGCCACUGAGCCGCCGCCGUCUUCGUCGGCUGCGGCUGCUGGGGGCGACGAGGGCGACGAGGGGCCGGAGGCGGAGGCGGAGAGCGAGCGCGCCCUGGGCGGCCAGCAGCGCGUCCUGCUCAACAUCUCCGGGCUGCGCUUCGAGACGCAGCUGGGGACCCUCAGCCAGUUCCCGGACACGCUGCUUGGGGACCCCGAGAAGCGCAUGCGGUACUUCGACCCGCUGCGCAACGAGUACUUCUUCGACCGCAACCGGCCCAGCUUCGACGGCAUCCUCUACUUCUACCAGUCGGGCGGCAAGCUGCGGCGGCCCGUCAACGUCUCCAUCGAUGUCUUCGCCGACGAGAUCCGCUUCUACCAGCUGGGCGACGAGGCCAUGGAGCGCUUCCGCGAGGACGAGGGCUUCAUCCGCGAGGAGGAGAAGCCGCUCCCGGCGCACGAGUUCCAGCGUCAAGUGUGGCUCAUCUUCGAGUACCCGGAGAGCUCCAGCUCUGCGCGAGGCAUCGCCAUCGUCUCCGUGCUCGUCAUCCUCAUCUCCAUCAUCACCUUCUGCCUGGAGACGCUGCCCGAGUUCCGCGACGAGCGGGAGCUGCGCGUGCCCCUGCUCCCAUCGCCCAACGGCACGGCGGAGAGCGCCCCGACGGCGCCCAGCACCCUCAGCGACCCCUUCUUCAUCAUCGAGACCACGUGCGUCAUCUGGUUCACCUUCGAGCUGCUGGUGCGCUUCUUCGCCUGCCCCAGCAAGCCCGAGUUCUCCAGGAACAUCAUGAACAUCAUUGACAUUGUGGCCAUCAUCCCCUACUUCAUCACGCUGGGGACGGAGCUGGCUCAGGAGCAGCAGAAGAAGGAGCAGCCGCAGGGCAGCAGUAGCAGUAGCAGCAGCAGCAGCAGCAACGGAGGCCAGCAGCAAGCCAUGUCCUUGGCCAUCCUGAGAGUCAUCCGCCUGGUCAGGGUCUUCCGCAUCUUCAAGCUCUCCAGGCACUCCAAGGGGCUGCAGAUCUUGGGUCAGACUUUGAAAGCCAGCAUGAGGGAACUGGGCCUUCUCAUCUUCUUCCUUUUCAUCGGCGUGAUUCUCUUCUCCAGUGCCGUGUAUUUUGCUGAGGCUGAUGAUCCCGAAUCACAUUUCUCCAGCAUCCCUGAUGCCUUCUGGUGGGCCGUGGUCACCAUGACCACGGUGGGCUAUGGGGAUAUGAGGCCUGUCACUGUGGGGGGCAAGAUUGUGGGGUCCUUGUGUGCUAUUGCUGGCGUGCUCACCAUUGCCCUGCCUGUGCCGGUUAUUGUCUCCAACUUCAACUACUUCUACCACCGAGAAACGGACCAUGAGGGAGAGGCCAUCCUCAAGGAGGAGUCUAGUACUGCUCAAGGCGGCUCAGCCGGGGACUUGAAGAGACGAACCAGCAAAAACUCUUUGGACAAAUCCGUUGUGCACUUGGAAAACGCCGAGGGGGUUAACAAUGGGACCGGGUCUGUGGAAAAGGCCAACAUCAAAGCUAAAAGCAGCAUGGAUCUCAGAAAAUCUCUCUAUGCACUCUGCCUGGAUACCAACAGGGAAACAGACUUGUAA